GGCGCAGGCGCGGACUGUUAGCGGUGGGCGCCGGGGCGGCCCGUCUCAUGCCUUCUCCCGCGGCCGGCGCGCGGUUCCCGGCGGGCCAACCGCCGUCAGCCGAGGCCAAGACGCCCCCAGGGUGGCCUCAGCCUCCGGCGGCAGCGCGACGACCCCGCCGAUCGGCUGCCUAGGGGAGACUUCGGCUUGUUCGAGCCUGGAGAAGAAGCCCAACUGGAAAUUGCGGAACACGGGAUUAAAGGGUAAAGAGCUGUAGGACACCAGUAGGCUCUUAUUUCCUAGAAAGAACAACUAUUUGAUGUUUAAGCCCCCAGGACACAAUUUAGACCUGAUGGCCAAAAGAAAGGAAGAAAAUUUCUUCUCUCCUGACAAUGCCAAAAGACCAAGACAAGAAGAGUUGGAGGAUUUCGAUAAAGAUGGCGACGAAGAUGAAUGUACAGUUCCUUUCACUAGUGGUACCUCUUCUUUGACUGCAGCAGAAGUUGGAAUAAUUGAGAGUAUUCAGCUAAGAAACUUCAUGUGUCAUUCUAUGCUUGGACCCUUUAAAUUUGGUUCUAAUGUCAACUUUAUUGUUGGCAACAAUGGAAGUGGGAAGAGUGCAGUACUCACAGCUCUCAUAGUUGGUCUUGGUGGAAAAGCAGUUGCUACUAAUAGAGGAUCUUCUCUAAAAGGCUUUGUGAAAGAUGGACAGAACUCUGCAGAUGUCUCCAUAACACUGAGGAACAGAGGAGAUGACGCCUACAGAGCAAAUGCCUACGGUAACUCUAUAAUCGUGCAGCAGCGCAUCAGCGUGGAUGGAAGUCGGUCUUACAAACUAAAAAGUGAAACAGGUACUGUGGUUUCCACUAGGAAAGAAGAGCUGAUUGCAAUUCUUGAUCAUUUUAACAUACAGGUGGAUAAUCCAGUUUCUGUUUUAACACAAGAGAUGAGCAAGCAGUUCCUGCAGUCUAAAAAUGAGGGGGACAAAUACAAAUUCUUCAUGAAAGCAACCCAACUUGAACAGAUGAAGGAAGAUUAUUCAUACAUUAUGGAAACAAAAGAAAGAACAAAGGAGCAGAUAAGUCAAGGAGAAGAGCGGCUUAUUGAACUAAAGAGGCAGUGUUUGGAGAAAGAAGAACGUUUUCAAAGCAUUGCUGGUUUAAGUACAAUGAAGAAUAAUUUAGAAGAAUUGAAACAUGAAAUGGCUUGGGCAGUGGUCAAUGAAAUUGAAAAACAGUUGAAUGCUAUCAGAGAUAAUAUCAAAAUUGGAGAAGAUCGUGCUGCUAGACUUGAUAGGAAAAUGGAAGACCAGCAGGUCAGACUUAAUGAAGCAGAAAACAAAUACAAGGAUAUUCAAGAUAGACUGGAAAAGAUUAUUCAGGAGACAAAUGAUCGAGCACCAGAAUGUUUGGCACUGAAAACAGAUGUGACUGCUAAGAAAAGGGUCUAUAAUGAAGCUGAGGUUUUAUAUAACCGUUCCCUAAAUGAGUAUAGAGCAUUAAUGAAAGAUGAUGAACAGCUUUGCAAAAGAAUUGAGGAGCUAAAGAAAAGUACUGAUCAAUCUUUGGAAUCGGAGUGCUUGGAAAGGCAAAAAAAAAUAUCUUGGUUAAAAGAGAGAGUAAAGGCGUUAAAGGAUCAAGAAAGUUCAGUCAGUCAAGAGGUUGAGCAGUUUCAUCAAGCCAUAGAAAAGGACAAAGAAGAAAGCAUCAGAAUUAGGAGAGAAGAAUUAGACGUGAAGCAUGUACUGAACUAUAAUCAGAGGCAACUGAAGGAAUUGAAAGAUAGUAAAACUGAUCGACUAAAACGAUUUGGCCCUCAUGUGCCAGCUCUUCUUGAUGCCAUAGAUGAUGCUUAUAAACGUGGGCUUUUUACCUAUAAACCUAUAGGCCCUUUAGGGGCUUGCAUUCAUCUUCGGGACCCUGAACUUGCUCUGGCUAUUGAAUCUUGUUUAAAAGGACUUCUGCAAGCCUAUUGUUGCCAUAAUCAUGCUGAUGAAAGAGUCCUUCAGGCACUGAUGGAAAGGUUUUAUUCACGAGGAACCUCACGACCACAAAUUAUAGUUUCUGAAUUUCGGAAUGAGAUGUAUGAUGUAAGACACAGAGCUGUUUAUCACCCAGAGUUUCCCACGGUUCUGACUGCUUUAGAAAUAGAUAAUGCAGUUGUUGCAAACAGCCUCAUUGACAUGAGAGGCAUAGAGACGGUGCUUCUGAUCAAAAAUAACACUGUAGCUCGUAAAGUAAUGCAGUCCAAAAAGCCACCUAGGAAUUGUAGAGAGGCUUUUACUGCUGAUGGUGAUCAAGUUUUUGAAGAACGUUAUUAUUCAUCUGAAAAUAAAAGACCUAAAUUCCUAAGCAAAGAUGUGGAUUCUGAAAUAAGUGACUUGGAGAAUGAGAUUGAAAAUAAGAUGGCCCAGAUACUAAAUCUUCAGCAACAUUCGUCUGCCCUUGAGAAGGAUAUUAAACGCAAUGAAGAAUUUCUUAGAAGGCGCCAAAUACAUUAUAGAGAGUUAAAGGUGAAAAUAACAGAAAGUAUUUCUGAAAUUCGGGAACUUGAGAAUAUAGAAGAGCACCAAUCUGUAGAUAUUGCAACUUUGGAAGAUGAAGCUCAGGAAAAUAAAGUCAAAAUGAAAAUGGUUGAAAAAAACAUGGAGCAACAGAAAGAAAAUAUGGAACAUCUUAAAAGUCUGAAAAUAGAAGCAGAAAGCAAGUAUGAUGCAAUUAAACUGAAAAUUAAUCAACUCUCAGACCUAGCAGAACCCCUUAAGGAUGAAUUAAACGUUGCUGAUUCUGAAGUGGAUAACCAAAAACGAGGGAAGCAGCAUUAUGAAGAAAAACAGAAAGAACACUUGGAUACUUUAAAUAAAAAGAAACGUGAACUGGAUAUGAAAGAAAAGGAACUAGAGGAGAAAAUGUCACAAGCCAGACAAAUCUGCCCAGAGCGGAUAGAAGUACAAAAAUCUGCAUCAAUUCUAGACAAAGAGAUUAAUAGAUUGAGACAAAAGAUACAGGCAGAACGUGCUAGUCAUGGAGAUCGAGAGGAAAUAAUGAGGCAGUACCAAGAAGCAAGAGAAACCUAUCUUGAUCUGGAUAAUAAAGUAAAGACUUUAAGGAGGUUUAUUAAAUUACUGGAAGAAAUAAUGACCCAUCGAUAUAAAACAUAUCAACAAUUUAGAAGAUGUUUGACUUUACGAUGCAAAUUGUACUUUGACAACUUACUAUCUCAGCGAACCUAUUGUGGAAAAAUGAAUUUUGACCACAAGAAUGAGACUCUUAGUAUAUCAGUUCAGCCUGGAGAGGGAAACAAAGCUGCUUUCAGUGACAUGAGAGCCUUAUCUGGAGGGGAACGUUCCUUUUCUACGGUUUGCUUCAUUCUUUCUCUCUGGUCCAUUGCAGAAUCUCCUUUCAGAUGCCUGGAUGAGUUUGAUGUGUACAUGGUACUGUUAAAUUUUAAAUUCUCUACUUUUAGUUUCUGGAAAUGAGUACCUUGAAAGUAAGCAGUUUUUUGUUUAGUUUUACCUAUAAUGGAAAAGACCCUACCCUGACCCUGCAGGCCGCAGUCAGUGGGAGAAGGACCAAAGAGUUGUCCAGGGUGGCGUCCUCUUCUCACCCAUCAUGGACAUCCCUGCUCUCCACCAGCAGACUCUCCACUAGCCUCCUCCCAUGUCCUGUUUCAACACAAAAUUAUAACCAGUCCACACCUGCACUUUGACUAAGUCCACGGCUGGUUCUGGUUCUCGCGCUUCCUUCACAGCCACACUUUUCAGAAGAGUGGUAGAUAGAACAGGAGGAACAGGCACAUCUGCCUUUGAAGUUUCAGAAAGGAUCGAGGGCUACCUCUGCCGCUAGCUACCCAGAUGACGUCAGGCAGAGUAUUUCUCCUCCGGGUCCUCAGUUUCUUCGUGCGUGCAACGAGGUUACUGGUCUGUCCUGCCUCACAGGGCUGUAGUGAAGCACCAGGGAGGCCUUGUGUGUCAUGUACUGACUGUGCUGCGACACGAAGGGAGUCCCCACAGCCCAGCUAUUAACCAUCCUCCUGACCCCUGCAUGCCUCAUUCCCUAAACCCGCUGUAAUCUGGGGUUAGACUUCAAUGCUCCAGCCAAACUUAUCUAGCAAAGAUCAUAAUGAACUUUUAGUCUUCAAUUCUUUGAGGUUUUUGGCAUCAUAGGCAUAUCCUCCAUCUCUAAGGUGUGCCUUCCUGCCAGCUUCCGCAGACCUCUGUUCUAGUUCACCCAUCAGUCUGCCAAACUGCCUCGCCUGAUGCUGCUGCCCUUAAGUGUUUAAGGUCUUUGUUUUAUACUGUUGUCGGUUUUUCUGGAUACCAUACCCUACCUAUCCCCACAUAUAUAUGCGCAUAGUCCCCAAAACCACUGCCUACAUUUGGAGACAAAAUGUAAGUAUGUCAUUGUGACAACCUCUCUUGCACUCUAGACCCAUAUGUCUAACUCCUUAUUAGACAUCAGCUAGUAGAUGACCCCAUCUCAAACUCAGCAUGUCUGAGACUGACUUUGUCUUCCACUCAAAGCCUCUUCUAUUUCCUGAUUUCCCUACCUGGAUGGCUGGCGAAUUGCCAUUACCAAUUUGCUCAUGUAACUGCAAGACCUUUGAUAUAACUUUUUACUCUCUCAUUGUUUGACCCCUGACUGUUCCUCUUUCAAAAUAUCUCCCUCGCCUCUGCCCUGUUCUCCUUCCUGCUAUCGCUUACCCCUUGCCUAUUGCAAUCACCUGCUGUCCAGACUCGCCAGAUUUUAGUCCUGCUCCUUUCUCAGUCGCUCCUUCACUGCUUUGCCAGGUUUAUUUUUGUAAAAUAAAUCUGACUGUGGCCCCUCACUCGUUUACAACUCUUCGGUAGACUCUUCCGUAGUUAAUUAUCCUAUUUGGGAUAAAGUUCUGUAUGGCAGCUUUGAGGCCCUUCAUGAUGUAGCAUCUGCCCACUUUUCAGCUACACUAAGCCAUUUAUGACUUUACAAACUCUGCCUCUGCCUGGUGUGCCCCCCUCUGCUGUGUGUCACACUCCUAUUCAGCUUUCAAGACUUGGUUCACAUGCCACCUUUAUGUACCCUUCAUGACCACCAUCCAUCCAGGCAAGAUUACGACCUUCGCAGAGUCUGGGACCACCUUACAUCAGCUCAGAUGAUUAUAUUUUUAUAUUUUAUAUUGUAAAAUAUAUUAUUAUAUAAUAUUUUUUUAUUAUAUGCAUCUUACUAUUACAUACUUUUUUUCAUUUUGCUGUAAUCACCUGUUUUCAUGUCUGAAUCUACUACCGAUUACAACCUUUUUGAAGUUAGUGACUAUAUCUUAAUCAUCUUUACACCUCCUAAUGCCUAGCCCACAGUAAGCAUUUAGCAAAUGUUUAUUCAUGAAUCAGAAUUUAUUUAUAUUUAUGAGUGCUGUAUAAUCCUUCAGUGCCAUUUUUUCCCCUAUAUGUUACCAUUGCUGAAGAUCAGUUAGAAAUCUGAGAAUUGGCUUCACAGCUAUAACUCAGAAAAAUCAAAGAAGGUGAUUUUUCUUUCCAUGUAAUAUUUUUGUCCCAAAUGCCAUUAUGCAGCCUUAUCACCCAUCUUACUUGUCACAUUUAAUUCUCUACAACAACUUUCUUUUUCAGAAACUCAGGUUCUUAAUCAGAGUGGCAAUUUGCCCCUUUGAAAUUCCUCAGAAAAAUGUACCCAAGUUCUGAGAACCAAUCCAAAGAAACAUUGGCAGCUUUGUUAUUAAGUUAUAGGCCUCCCCAGCACAGUGUUUUUCAAAGACAUGAGUCCAUUUGUGUAAGCUCUGAUUAUUUUUGUUAACUUUAGGUUAUGGUUAUAUUACAGAUAUGCCUGAUGGUUGAAUUUAUAUAAUACAAGCCAUUAAGCAGUAUAGAUAGGAUGCGGGUACCUUGUCUGCCUCCAAAGCCUGUGUGCUAAAACAUCGUGCUGUACUUAGUAUUGCUGCUAGUUUCAGAGAGACCUUUAAAGAUAUGUAGUUUGACUUUUUUCCCAUUAUUUAACUUAGAAAAUGUAAGCACGUGGUUUAAUUUUGAUUAGUCAAAACCUGUUAGAGCUAAGCAUCAUUUUUCUAUACACUGAUAUGUUUUUUUACUUAAUUUAGAGAUUGAAUCAAGAAAUUGGUCUGUAAAUUCAAGUUGCUUCACAUUGUAAAAAUUGUAGAAGGUGUUGGGACAGACGCAGGAUUUUUAAAAUACCUUAAUCAUUGAGGGAAAAUUUGAGAGACUUCAUAAGUUUGCAGCUAGUCACUUUUGAUAUUGUUCUCUGUGUGAUUAACUAUUACUGUACAAAUUAAAUUCAUUCUGUAAUAGUUGUCUUUUAAAUAUUUUCUGGUUAUUCUAAUUGCUAAAUAUAUUUGAGGGAGGGAGCUAUACUUACAAAUAGUUUGACUAUAAAAAUCACCUGGAAGAUACAUAUAUUCAGUUAUUUUGCCCCAAAGUUUUGGAUGUUACCUUUCCCUG